CAUCACAUUGUAAACUCGUCGUCUUUCGUAUUCGUGGCUUUCAAUUUUCGGUUGCUAUCGAUAAAACCAACUCCAAAAAUUCCAGAAUUUCUCACCUUCCAUUAUCCGUUUCUCAAUGUUUUCCUCUGCUCUCCUUUCUCCCUUAUCUAAUCCAAUCUCUCAGUUUCAACACACAACAAACAAGCUGCUCUCGCACUAGCUGACAGAACGUGUAUUCUCCCUCCUUUCUCUUUCAAUUUUAGGAUGAGAAGAAUAAAUUCAGCCAGGAAUUUCAAAUUGUAGAGCGAGAGAGAAGUUUUGUUGGAUAGAGUUGGCGAAUGGGGACGGGUUCAUCAAAGGACGCUGAUGGUAACUCUCAUGGAGGCGAAGAGCGAGAAGAAAAUCUUGAUCAAGCUGGAGGUCAGCUUUAUGUCUCUCUUAAAAUGGAGAACUAUAAGCAAAAGCGUGACCUUAUUCCUCACGUCUAUGGCUCUGUGCCUCUUAUUGGCUCCUGGGAUUCUUCUAAAGCUCUUUCAAUGGAACGCGAAUCGGCGUCAAUGUGGGAAUUGAGCUUUGUUGUCCCUCCUAAUCAUGAAACUUUGGAUUUCAAGUUCCUGUUGAAGCCGAAGUACAGCAAUAUUCCUUGUGUGGUUGAGGAUGGCCCAAACCGGGUUCUUACUGGGGGAACAUUGCAAGGGGAAUCCAGGUUGGCUGUCUUCAGAAUUGGUGAAGAGGUACUUGAAUAUAGAGUGUUCAUUAAAGCCGAUCGAGUUUCGCCCUUUGAUCUUGCGGCUAGUUGGAGGGCUUAUCAGGAAAAUCUCCAGCCUUCAACUGUUCGUGGGAUUCCUGAUGUCAGUAUAAAUUCUGCACCGAUGGCUGGGGCUGAGAAUGGCUCGUCAACAAGUUUGGAGCUGGAUCUUGAACAUUAUCUCAUCCCUGCUCCAUCAACUUCUGCAAACUCAGGACUGGUAUAUGCCGCUAACUUUGCUGAGAAUCCAAGGUUUUCUAUUGCUGAUGGGCUUGGCAAUUCUUCAUAUUCCUAUAAGGAUGGUAGUCUGUCUGUUGAUCGACCUGCAACUACCAAGGAGAUGGAGGUCAGUAUCCCAGAUCCAUCCAAGGUCUAUUCAGGUUCUGGGAUGGUUGAAUCAAAGUCCGUGGGCACAUUUUCACCUUUACAAAAGCACGAUGGUCACAGGGGACUCUUUGUGGAUAGGGGGGUUGGAUCUCCUAGGCUAGUUAAAUCCUCCAGUUCAAGUACUUUUGCCUUUGAUCUCAAACUGGACACUGAAACCAAGAAUUCAAUGCCAGCAGCUGCUGGAGCUGUUGCAGCAGCAGCCAUAGCUGAUCAGAUGCUUGGACCAAAGGAGGAUAGGCAUUUGGCAAUUGUUCUGGUUGGUUUACCUGCUCGAGGCAAGACUUUUACUGCUGUUAAACUUACAAGAUAUCUUCGAUGGUUGGGUCAUGAAACCAAACACUUCAAUGUUGGCAAGUAUCGGCGCCUUAAGCAUGGAGCUAAUCAGUGUGCUGAUUUUUUCCGAGGUGACAAUCCUGAAGGCAUGGAGGCACGUAAUGAGGUAGCAGCAUUGGCAAUGGAUGACAUGAUUGCCUGGAUGCAAGAAGGUGGCCAGGUAGGAAUAUUUGAUGCCACAAAUAGCACCAGAAACAGAAGGAAUAUGCUGAUGAAAAUGGCUGAAGGAAAUUGCAAGAUUAUUUUUUUGGAAACAAUAUGCAAUGAUCCGCACAUAAUUGAAAGAAAUAUACGCCUUAAAAUUCAACAAAGUCCCGACUAUGCAGAGCAGCCUGAUUUUGAAGCUGGAUACCAGGACUUCAAAGAUCGACUUACCAAUUAUGAGAAAGUUUAUGAGCCUGUGGAAGAGGGAUCCUACAUAAAAAUGAUUGAUAUGGUCAGCGGACAUGGUGGACAAAUACAAGUAAACAAUAUCAGUGGCUAUCUUCCUGGACGAAUUGUGUUUUUCUUGGUGAAUACCCAUCUCACGCCUCGCCCAAUAUUACUUACUAGACAUGGAGAAAGUCGGGAUAAUGUUAGAGGCAGAAUUGGUGGUGACACUGUUUUGAGUGAUGCUGGAGAAAUCUAUGCAAAGAAGCUUGCUAACUUUGUUGAAAAACGACUGAGAUCUGAGAAGGCUGCCUCUAUUUGGACUAGCACACUGCAGAGAACGAUUCUUACAGCAAGUCCAAUUGGUGGAUUUCCUAAGAUUCAAUGGCGUGCCCUUGAUGAGAUAAAUGCUGGGGUUUGUGAUGGAAUGACAUAUGAGGAGAUAAAGAAGAACAUGCCUGAGGAGUAUGAAGCCCGUAAGAAGGACAAACUGAGAUACCGUUAUCCUCGUGGGGAAUCUUACCUGGAUGUUAUCCAAAGGCUAGAACCAGUAAUUAUUGAACUUGAAAGACAACGGGCUCCAGUUGUAGUGAUCUCUCAUCAGGUUAAACAUUGUAAUACUGCUUCAUUUAGUUUCUUAAUAUUUUUCCAUAAACAUUGGAGGAAACUGCCUAUGUUUCUAAAUAUUUUCGUGCAGGCAGUAUUAAGAGCAUUAUAUGCAUACUUUGCCGAUAGGCCUCUGAAAGAAAUUCCACAUAUUGAGGUGCCACUUCAUACUAUAAUAGAGAUACAAAUGGGAGUCACUGGUGUCCAAGAGAAAAGGUACAAACUCAUGGACUGAAAAUGCUUGUAGAACAUUGUCAAGAACUCAAAUUUUAGAAGGCAAUUUCUGCUCAUUUAAUUUCCAUUCAUCAACUAUGCAUAAUUCCAAUGGAAAUGUCAACUGGAUCUUCAGUAAUUCAGUUAUAAACAAUAAUCUCUGUUCCAACGUAUGGAACUAGUAGCUUUUUUGCAUUUUUAUACUAACAUUUAGUAAGCUGUAAUGUCAUGUAGUUACUGUAUCAAAUGUUUCAUACUAAAAUUACAUUUGAUUAUAUUAUAUUUCAUUACAACUUACUACCGAACAUAGUCGGCAUUUAACUGUU